AUGACCACACCCCCGAUGGCCGAGUCCUCAACUUCUGUUCCACCUGUAGAUGAUGACUGGGUUGACGAAGACGACGACGAGCCUGACACCACUGUAUAUGACAAGACUUAUGGCGAGAAAGCCGCUUUUCACUUGAGCACGAGGCAGCUCAAAGUGGGUCAAAUCCGCACCCUGCAGCCCAAAGUUCCCGAUUACUUGCGCACGCAGGGCUCCGAGCGUACGUCGUUUGUCCAGAAGGCGUUUCAGGAGAUCUGGGAUGGCGAUGCCGUCGACUGGGCGGCCCCGAGUACGUGGCCCAAGAGACGCGACUCGCAGUUCCGUCUUACCUAUCAGGCGGUUCGGAACUUCUUCUCCGAGCGUGGGCGCGUUCGGGAUGUUGUUGUCAAGCUACCUGGCAAAGGUCGAUCAAAGACUUCAUGGACCGCAAUAUCCGUUGUCAAUCAGGUCUACCGCUCAGCAAUUCAUGACCUCGUGUUCGACGUCUCGGGCCUCAAGCCACAGAAGAAAGGGGAGAAAGAACCGAGCCCGGGGUGGUUGACAGAGUAUAACAAAGCAUGCGUGGCCAUUUAUCACACCUUAAGUGCGGAUGAGCGUGCAGAGAUGGAGCAGCUGGCUAUGCAGUGGACGAGGACUGGGAUUCCCCUUUACAUGAAGAAGAAAAACUACACGCGUUCCUGUAAAAAGUUUCUGCUCAAUGUGGCCGACACCUGUUUGAAGCGCUACGGUAUCUAUCCGUUCUUCUUCAUCGUUGGAGAGCCCGGGUCGGAUAUCAAGGCCAAUAUCAUGGAUUUUGGGCGCGAGCUCGGUCUCGGCAAUCAACGCUUUGAGGACGAUACCACGAGCAAUACCCUUGAGCGCCUGCAGCUGUUUGUGAAGCGGAAUGCUGGGAUGCAAAACGUACAAGAGCAGCCCGCGCGCAAGGUCACCGCAAAGUUUAAAGACAUCACCUCAUAUUCUAUCCCGAAUGAGCGUCUAGUUGGCCAUGACGAGCUCAAGAUCGACACGUCAGACUUUGUGUUCAAUGCCCUUGCUUCCGAGGCAAAGUCCGUCCUGUAUAACAUGUUUCGCUAUGCGCAUGCCAAUAUCUCCGAUCGGCCGCCAGCACAGCUCGAUGUGCCCUGGCUUGCAAUCAAACAAGGCCAGCUUCUGGACAACAAGAAAUACUUCCCACCGGACUGGGUACACAACGACGUUACACAGGCACCCGGAGCGCGCUGCCUCGAGUUUAUUCACCGCUUGCGCGACAUAGGCGACCUGUGCUUCCAUCAUUGGCUUGUUCGCAAUGGCGCGCCUCGGGAGCCGGUAGAGCAUAAGUACCGUUGGUGGUAUUCCGAAAAUGUCAACAGCAACGCGCCAGUGACUACGCCAGCAGAGGAGGAAGCACGCGCGCGCGCACUAGCUGCUCGUCCGGUAUACACAGCAACUGAGGCCACUGCUCGUAACAAUCUGCCACCCACGGCUGGUCCCUCCUCACCAGCGGGUCCCUCGAUUGCAGCUGAAGUAGAUGCUCGUCUUAGUAGUGCUGCCAAAAUGAAGCGUCCGGACCGCCGCAGUCCCUAUGGCAGUGCAGGAGUCACCAGUUAUCACUCGGGCUUUCUACGUGAGGACGACAUAGUGUUCGAUGGCGAUGGCGCUGAACACUCUCCCGAUCCCGACGACCUUCUGCCGCCUGGUGCGAGCUGCAUGGAUCUUCAGGUUCCCUGCUCAGUUCCACGCAAUCCAGAAGCGCUUGCCCAAUGGAGCCAUGCGCAGGUUUUGCGUGUCGAAGACGAUAUUCCGACGGGUAGUCUCCGUGCAUGCAUCACUACGCUCUGUGAGCUACCGCUGGUUCACAAUCACUUCUACCCUGCACGCAACUUCCGCAAGAGUGCUUCCCAGCUCAAGAUUCCGCAAACGCUCACAUGGGAUGCUCGCUCUAUGGCCCACCUCGUCAACACCGACUCCAUGGAUGUGGUUGGGCACUUUCUUCGUAGCUCCCCGUGGACGUUUGUGUACAAGGGUCAAACCUUGUUCGUUGGCAUUGAGAUGGCCUGGCUUAUUAUUCUCGCCUUCUUGCUAUAUGGCUACGGACUGCCACUUCUCACAAGCGAGCCCCCUGUCUCCUACGACGAGCUAUCGACUAUCACUGGCGCCUUCAAGUCGUUUCUGAGGGCUACGCGCACUGCGUUCAAUUAUCCCACUCAUGGACCGAGUAUCAAAUACGCGAUUGCUCGCUCUCGCGAGGGCUACCUCUACACCUGCCUUCAACACGUUGACGGACUUGUCAGACUUCUCAAGCUCACCAUGCGACUGCCAGUUGCGCAAAUUGACGUCGCAAGCACCAUUGACUCGGGUGCCAACUUUCCGUCCUGGCAGUCACCUCGUGGCGGUAUGCCAGAUAGCAUGCACAGCGACCCCGACAUUGUUUCAACUCUCACAACGUGGUUCGAGGGUCCUCGCCGCCUUGUACAUCCCGAUGGCUUGCACCCUGUCAGCCAAGAGGAGGGACUACUUGUGUUGUUGAAGGUCACAUUGAUCCUGAGUGACCUUCAAGCGCUUCAGCGCGAGGACUGGGAUGCGCAGGGCGUGCUACAAGGCUCACACCUUCGCUUUUCCGAACUUAUACUGACGCUUCUCAUUGAGGAGUGGGCAGAGAGGGAAGUCGACACCUUGGAGUCAGCUCUCGGAGAGGUCGGCGCGUCGGGCUCCCUGGAUCAGAGCGCUGGGUUUAUUGGAGAUGUUCCCGGUGCGUCUGGCUGGGACGCGGCCACCGGGACUGGAUGGACUGAAUUUGGUGGGGUUGCGGCUGGUGGACCCGCCGGGGCUGGGGACUACGCACCCGGCGGGUCUGGAGAGCGCACACCCGGCGGGUAUGUUGCGCAGGAGCCCGCCGGGUCGAGAGUCGACGUCGAAGUUGUGUCUGGGACAUCGGGUACAUCCGCACCCUCGGCCGCCUACAACCACGCGACUCCUCAGCACGUGCCAGUCGGACGUUCGCUUACUCACCACCGCACCGGACCGGGCAAAACAUUGCCAGAUCCUACAUAUCUCAAAGCCGCACAGGAUCUACUCAUCAAUGAGCACUACAUACAGGCAAAUAUUGCUAAGGUCGCUCGUAUACCCGCCAAUCCGCAUGAGGAGCGUACCAUGAUCGCUUUGGAGGUUCAGAUGCGGGCGAAGGAAGAUGCUCAGCGUAACGCAAAGAUUCUCGCGGACGCUCGCCAUGAAAACCUUGCGCUGUAUGGUACUUCCCAUCGUCCUCCCCCUCCCAAGGCGCCUACUAUGUCUCAGCUGCCCGAACUCCCACCCAUCGCCCCCGACGUUGCGCAACAGCCAAUCCCAGAGUCUACGGUACCCAAAAAACGCCGCAAAGCUGGGCCGACCGUCAUUCAGGAUAUGGCAAAGGUGCCGAGGACGCGAAAGGCUGCAACGAAGAAGGUUAAGGCUGUUGGUACUCCGGCUGUGCGAGGACGGAAGCCUCUUGCCAAAGAGAAGCGUCCACUGGCAACGUCGCGCAAGCGCUUGGAGGAGCCAGACUCUGAUUCCGCGGACGAGACUGAUCUCGACGCAGAACCACAUUCUGCUGAACCCUCCGUAAAUCCAGUGAACAUGGCAGUCACGCCUGCACCCGCCGGGUUUAACGGGCGGGGCCCAUCAGCUACAGCAGAACCUGAGCCUCGUCUUACGCGCUCCCGCUCGUCCAAACGUCCGCGGGCUGAUACUAUUCAGCCCGGUACUGAACUCGCUCACCGACCAUCGACACCAGUCACCCAACACCAUCAUCCCACACAACCUACCUCUCCAUCUUCGCGUCCGCCGGUCUCUAAACGGCUGCGUGUGGAAGUUAUGAUGCCGCGCCCCCGCAGCGCCAGAACGACUCAAACUGCCAAUGUACCUGCAGUUACUCGCCCCAAACCGCGUAUGAUACGUCAUCGAAAGCGAAACAUGGAUGAAUCGGAGGCUUCAAUCCCCAAGGACUCGUGA